AUGUGCCGUGCAGUUGCCGAGCCGGUUCUUUGCACGAAAUAUGGUUGGUAUUGGGGUCCCAUAUCGAGCGAAGCCGCAGAGAAAGUCCUUUCGAACGAGCCGGAUGGAUCGUUCAUAGUACGAGACAGUAGCGACGACCACUACAUAUUUUCGCUUACCUUGAAGUUGAACAAUUCUGUGCGACACGUUCGCAUAGAGCACGACCAAGGAAAUUUUAGUUUCGGGAGUUGUACUAAGUUUAAGUCGCAAACGAUAGUGGAGUUUAUCGAGAAUGCGGUCGAGCACUCUCGAAGUGGGCGGUACUUGUUCUUUUUACAUCGACGGUCCGUUAUUGGACCAGUACGUGUGCAAUUACUCCACCCGGUUUCUAGAUUAAAGCAGAUUCAGAGUUUGCAGCACAUGUGCAGAUUCGUCAUAUUAAAAUUGGUGCGACGAGAUUUACUUUGUAAAUUACCGUUGCCGAGACGAAUGACCGAUUACUUAAAUACACCGUACUAUUACUCGGAGCAGCUCUCCGACGUAACCGAAGAGCAAGAAGAGAAUAAUGUGGUGCCCUUAUUUAGUAAUGCGCAAAUUACACAAAAUACGGUUGUCAUUGUGAAUAACAAUGCCAUCACGACCACAACUAGGAGUAAUCCUAGCGGUACUAGCAACUCAUCUAGCAAUGAUAGACAAUCCUGAAAUAUACCUCAGUUAGGGAUCUGUUUGUUCGUUUGUCAGAAACGUGUGUAACUUUCUACUACAACCCAUUUUUGAUAAUGAAUUACAUAUCAUCGCUAUAUUCAUUGCGCUUAACUGUAAUCAUUUCAUUCGUUCAUUGCUACUUAAAUGUUCUCCUCUAAUAUAAUAUAAAUUGUAAAUUCAUACAUUUUGUAUACAAUUUUUAGUGUU